AUGAAGGCUGUGUUCCGCGGUGAGAGGGGCACUGGUCCGAAUGGCUCCGGCCUGACGGGUGUUUAUUCUAUGCAAACUCCGCCGUCCGACGAGGACCUGGCUGUUCAGCCCCACUUUGGCGGGCGUGAGACCGAUACAAAGGCUCCCGCACCCGCCACAGCGUGGAUGGAGGUCUGGGACUUUGCCGGCGGCGCGAGUUUCCGGGCAUUUGUGGCGGACGACGGGGCUGAAAAGUCCCUGUUUGCCUUGUUUGAUAGGAACGUCAUCGGACGUGACCUGAAGCCUGCGCUCAUGGCUUUGAUGGAGUUGGUUGACGGUCCACUGGACUGCCAGCAUCUCGUCAUCUGCAUUGACCGAGGCAUCGAGGAGGAAGACGCGAAAUCAUUGAUGAAGAGCCUGCAGUGGGUGGGCUUCGAGCUGACGACGCUGGACCGCUGGGCGCAUGACGUGGACGUGACGAGCAACAGGUGGCUGUUCAUGGGCAUGGAAAUCUAG